AAUGGGUAAAAGUUUUUGCCUUUGCGUUGGUAAUAUUUUACUUGUAUUCCAUUGUUUCGGGUCCUCUUCUCUAACUUUCUUAUGAAUUAACAUGUUGAAUAAUCAACAUUCAAUUCAUUUUGUACUCGUCAACUGUUGACUGCUAUGCAUAUUUGAGGAAUUGAAGACCCAUUUGCUUUCCAAGAUGGAGGGAUCGACCAAGAACGUCUUACUUUCUUCCGGUGGGGAUGAGAUCUCCAAGAAUCUGGCUCUUCAUCUUGCCAGAAGGGGUUGCAGAUUAGUUUUGAUUGGAAAUGAGUGUGUUCUUCAGAGCAUGAGUAAGAUGAUAGCGGAAUCGUUAAAGGGUGUACUGCCAAUUGAGGUUGUUGGGGUGGACAUGGAAGAAGAGAGAGAGGCGGCUUUUGAUGAGGCUGUGAACAGGGCAUGCGGUAUUUUGGGAACUUUGGAUGCUUUCGUCCAUGCUUAUUCUUAUGAAGGUCCCAUACAAGAUGCUUUACAACUAUCUGAAGAGGAAUUCAAAAAGAUUGUUAAGAUAAAUUUGAUGGCCUCAUGGUUUCUGAUGAAGGCUGUUUGUCGAAGAAUGCGAGACCAGAAAUCAGGAGGUUCAGUAAUUUUUUUAACCACCUUAAUUGGUGCUGAGAGGGGAUUGUAUCCAGGAGGAGCUGCAUAUGGAUCAUGCUCAGCAGGCUUACAGCAGUUAGCUCGAACUUCAGCUCUGGAUGUUGGAAAGUAUAAGAUCAGGGUCAACGCAAUCGCUCGUGGAUUGCACCUGGAUGAUGGAUAUCCUGUAUCAGUGGGCAAGGAACGUGCAGAGAAGCAAGUCAAGGAUGCAGCCCCGCUAGAAAGAUGGCUCGAUGUCAAGGAUGAUUUAGCUUCAACUGUCAUUUAUCUAAUCAGCGAUGGGUCACGGUACAUGACUGGAACAACCAUCUUUGUUGAUGGGGCACAGUCUCUAGUGAGGCCACGCAUGCGCUCAUAUAUGUAGUCCUGGUUAUAUUUGGUGGAUGGUCAGCCUUUGGGGGUGGAUGUAGGCCAUUGUUGAUUCACUCAACCACUGUAACUGGAGCUGUUGUUCAACUAAUGAAUAAUGUCCUCAUAGGCUCUGUAUUUGCUCGACCAUUCUCGUGAAUAAAGUCGAGGUAUGCCCGGGGGUGCUUCCUUUAAAUCAAUUAUUCUCUUCUUGAUUCACUCAACCCAUUGAGACUGUUUCCCCCUAGUACUCAUGAAUAAAUUUGAAGUUCAGUGAAAGUAUGUUUGAGUUGAUCAUUUCUUUAAAAAGCCUUUUUUUCUUCA